AUGCGGCCGAACUCGACCCCUGCAGAGGUUUCUCCUGGCGCUGGUUAUGAAACAGCGCAGCAGAAGGCAUCGACGCUGCAGCAAAGCGCAGGUGACAGGAGCGCACCUCCAGCCGCACGAUCGCGUAUUGGGCGGCACCUGGCGCCACCGUGGCGAAAGUGCCGAGCGGCUUCGGCGCUGGGUUCUCCAUCUCACGCCUCCCCCUCCUCCUCCCCCAGCGCAUCUGAUAUGCAGUCCACCAGCUCGAGAACCUGCAGCAGCUCAAGCGACAGGGAGGCUCGUGGGGCGUACAGAUCACUGCAGCGUGAUUCCCAGCGAAACCGGGGUCGCGGCGCUACGCCAGCAACGGCAGCCCAUCCCUCUGCGUCGUCUGCCAUUACGAAAGGCUCGAAAACGUCGUGGCGUGCAUCACAGCAGCAGCGAAAGCAGCGUCGCGUGGCCGCGGGAGGAGCCUACUCCAGCACAAGCAGUAUCAGCUCUGCAUCGGCGACAUCGCCAAAUGACACGGCGAUCAAGUCAGCGAGAACCCCCAGCGAUAGCUGGCUCAGCCGGCGGAAAUGCGCGAGCCGGGAUGACGAAGGCGACGCCUUCCUUUCGCCCUCCUCCUCUACAUCAGUGGAACCGAUCUGUGCCUUCACGGAUGUGCUGCCGCGCGACGUGUAUCUACACAUUUGCGGUUUCCUGACUGAAGCGGACUGCUGCACGCUGCUCGAAGUAAGCCUGUGCAUGCACGCCGCCAUCACCAGCGCCGACAGCAUCGUAUGGCGCCACAUGUGCGUGAGUACGUGGCUGUACAAGCAGGGAUUUCAGACAUUUAUUCAACACGUAAGAGCACUAGAGGUAUUGGCGCGCCAAGAGGAGCUCGAGGUGCAGGCGCUGCAGCAGCACAUGCUCCUGUUGCGCGAACAGGGUAUUGUCUUCGGCGAGUCUGAUGUUUCCGCCACAUGCGACUGCACAACGGUGCUCAUUCGUCGCCGGCAGCACGAACGCGCUCGGUGGAUGGCGGCCGCAGCAGCGGGUGCCACGACCUCAAAGCUCCACCGUUCGAGAUUGACGAGCAAGGUGGGUAGCGCGGCCGCCAGCGCGAGCAGCACAACGCAAACCGGCAGUAGCUGCGUGAUAAGCGGCGCCGGCGGCCGCCCUCGCUGCAAGAGCCGACGCUGUCACAGGAACACUAAGCGCAGUACCACCACCACAGCAUCUACGUCACGACGCAGUGGAAACAUCUGUGGUGCAGCAGGGAAACGGCCAACACACGCGGUACGGUGGGCAGAACCAUCAACACAGAGGCCAAACUCCCGCUCAACGGCAACCACGGCCACUUCAAGGACAAUACGAAGCCGUCGCAAGUGCAGUGACGGCUCGCGUGACAGUGAUGAUACGUCUGAAUCGCUGUCUCGCUCCUGCUCAUCGCGGACUUUGUCCUCGUCCGAGUCGUCGAAGGAAGAGACUUGCAACGGCAUGCACCACAUACAGACGCACCCGCCGAGCCAUCACAGCGCUGAUGGCUCUGCAGCCCCACUGCGCCCAGGCGGCUCUGACGCAGGCGAGAAAGCAAGCAGCGCUACGGGUUGUCCGCCUCCGUCGCCGCCCCCCUCAAGCAGUCACGCGGACGCCUCGGCGGAGCCACGUGAGAAGGAGCGCGGUGGCUCUUCCGCGGCGCUACGCUCAACGAGUUCAUCAGACGACAGAGGACAUAAUGCAUACGAGUAUCUGAGUACUGAGGAUGGCAAGACAGAAGACAGAAGAGAGCGGCGGGUGUGCAUUCGCCUGCCAGAGGCCGAGGCUGAGGACGAAGGCAACGCGAACCUGACAGAUGCCUCUGUGCUCGCCGUACGCUCUCGUAGCGGCUCUCGUCACCGCAGGCGCAGUCGCCGCUCUCUCUCCCGCAGCCUGCUGCACCCGGCUCACGGCUAUCCCCACCAUCACCGACACGAUGGUUCGUCACGGCAGCAACAGCAGCAGCCAGGCAGCCGGCACCGCCGCAGCCACCGCGAGAAACGGCGCAAGCCAGCUCGCCAGCGUCGACGGAAGCGUGGCCGCAGUCGAGGUCCGCGCUCGACUGGCGGCGGCGGCAGCCGGCACCGCUCUCAGCCGCACCGCGGUCAGGGCCGCCAGCACCGCUCCUCGCACCAGCAUCACCACAAUCCCAAAGCAACGAAGAGUUCGCGGCGGCGACGACGUCGUCAGCGUAACGCCGCAGCAGCUGCGGCUGCCGCUGCACAGGCUGAUCGCGACGGCGGCAGUGGAAGCUUCUACGCAUCUUCUCCAAAUGCCGCGGUGGGUGGCGGGAUCAGCACCUACUUUUACCAGACAGCGACAUAUGAGGCCAUCAAGAGCACCAGCCCGGUGCACGCAGCGCAGCACGUCGCGCCCUCCAUGGUUCCCUUUAGGCUCGGAGGUCGGCAGGCAUCUUCAGUGAGCGGCCCAGAGGCUGUCGUGAUUCAAAGUCGCGGAAAGGUGCAACGAAACCCGCGCCAGCUUUGCGGUAGUGAAGUGCACGCGUGCGAGGCGUCUGCCGCCGGUGCCCUCGCGCAACCAGCGGCCCCACUGAACAGCGGCAGCGAUGUGGCUCAGAGGACUAUUUCAGCACCUCCGAAAACGGGAUCAGUCUCUCAACAGAUAACGUCACCCCAAACGGUAGCCACUGCGCCCAUUGCUGCUACGGCAUUCGGCACAGGUGCGAACGAGGAAAGGCUUUACUGGUGGCAGCUGACGCCUGAGGCUCGACAACAUCAGCUUCGCCGCAUGCAACAGCUUGUGCUACAGCAGCAGUUCGCGGCAUCCAGCGGUGAGCUCACUACGCGAACAUCGCCGUCGCUGCGGGAUGGGGAUGAGCUGGCAGAUGAAGCGGCGCUGCGGGAGUGGGACGAGCUGGAAGCCUCCUCCUUAGGAUCCUCGAGCGGCACCAUGUACGAGGAGGAUGCAGACGCAAGUCGGGAAGGAGACAGAGAGGAGGGGUACAGCGAUCGAAACGGCGCUUCCGUCAGCUCUGACGAUACCGAGAGGAGGAGCGAGUGCAGCACCAACGAAGACGAAGACGAAGGAGAAGGUAGCACCGACAGCAGCGAUUAUCGUCGUCGCCGUCAUCGCAGUCGCAAGCUGUGGCGGACUCAGAGCAGGUCGACAAGGCGGUCAGUCACCAGUGACGAAACCACGUCGACGACCGCGCUUUGCCGCCUCUCGUACCGCCAACGACACGGUGGUGAACCAAGCACUUCCUCGUUCUCCUCCUGCUCGAGCCGCCUUCACACUGCCCCUCCUUCCCUCACCAAUGGCGAAAGCACCGCCUCUGAGUGCGGGGUCGACAAUGAGAAAGAGCGGUGGAUGCACGCAGGUGUACGCGGAGCCGCAUCUUUGCCACAUCAGCGGUGCAAGUUGAGCGAUGGCGCUGGUGGCGGUACAUCCGAGGGUACCGCCGACAGGUACGAUUCCGACGAAGGCGCGACGGCUGCCUCCAGCGCGACCGCGUCUGUCGUCAGUCAGGCGGACAACAAACUCAUAGCAGGUAGCAGCAGCAAGAGUGGUAGCGGCAAGCGAGUGCUCCCUCGUGGGCGCCGCAGCGGUCACCCCUAUACUUCACCUGACAUCUCCGUGGCGGCUUUAGUGCCCUCCUCGUCCAGAUUAGCUAUUCGCGCGGAGCGGCGUGUUGCCAAGGCCUUGGAGAAGCGUUACGAAGGUAUUGAGGAGGCAAUGGUGAUAACGCGCUCCAAGAGCAUGCUCAUCCACACGCUGGAGCGGCAAACUCACGCACACCUGCCACGCCUUCUCGCAGCAGCGCAGCGACAGCAUCGGUUGAUGAUGAACGCGCGACCCGCUGCUACAGCUGCCCACCACGCCGACCCCUCUCUCGUGUCUCCUACCGUAGCUUUGCAUCGUGGAACUCCGGACUUCUCCGAGGUGGCCUCGGAACCGACAGCACGUGCCAUCAUUCUGAUCGGAGCCGGCAGCAGUGGCUUCAGCGGCUGUGGCACGUCGACAACGCUGCCGGCGGCCGCCUCACUAGCUGCCCCACCAGCAUCGCACCUCCUCUCCUCUCUUGACAAUUCUUUUGCCACUGUCGCAGCAUCGACCUUGGCUGUGCCCGCGUCGCCGCUAUACCAGCUCGCUCGCACCAGCAGCUCUAACGCCCUGACCAGCUCAAGCGGUGAACGCGGCGGUGGUUUGAGCGGCACGUUGUCCUGCCAAGACAGCCCUCGCUCUUCUCCACCCUCCACGAGCACUGCUAGCCUAGCUGCAGACACGACGGGCAAUGGCGGCGGCGUUGCAGCCGCACCUCGCGCACCCCUACAAGGCGUUUUGGAGCGACAUCGCAUGGCCGCCACAGCAGCUGCUGCCGUCGGUGACAACGGUGUCAGGGGAGGUGCACCGUCCAGCGCUGGCGGCGCACCGCUGCAACCAACGAACGACGACGAGGCUGUCGACGACGACGACGAGGAGGAGCAGUUUGCUCCCGUUUCGUGGAAGUUCGCCUUCUUCAUGUCUCGCCGCGAGGCGCAACGGGUGAAGAUCACCCUGCAAGAUCUAAUAGAGGGGAUGUGGGUGGUGUGCUUCCGUAGCAGCGGCCGAACUCAUCCGAUCCGCUUCGUUGGGCAGCACCAAGUCUUCUUAUAUCCACCGCUCCCCACAACAGAAGAAGAGGAAGCGCAGCGGCUGCAACAGAACGGUCUGGAAUCGAGCGAGGCCGAGGGCGAGGCUGGUCACACCACCACGACGGCCGCUGCAACCAGCGCGACCUCGGCAGCGCCUCCGUUGCCCUUUCACAUUCUGCAAGGCGGUGCGCAGCUGGUGGUGCACCAGUUUCCGCCCAUGAAAGUAAUGCGGCGGAACGGUGCAGCGCCGGGGAAUGCUGCUGCUGCUGGUGGCACGCCCGCAGCGGUGGCACCAGUUUCCUCGGCCAAUGCUCCGGCGGCAGCAGCGGUGACGCCGGCAAUGAUGGCGGAGAGGCGGUUUGCUGCGGAGCCGCAAGCGACCUUGCGCAAGCUGCGACUGCGCAUGCUAUCAUCUGCCGCACGUGACGCAGCCACAUUCGAGACAAUGCCAUACGGCGACGUCACGGGUGGCCUUGCCGCCGCCGGCUGUGCUGUCGAUGACGAGCACAAUGGGGGUUCUGGCAGAGACUUGGGCUGCCGAGACUGCACCUCGUACGACUUGCAUGACACCGCUGCUGUCUCUUCCACGGCCACGACGAACGAUGUGCGCCGCGCCAUUGCGCAAGGACUGGGGUUUUGUGCCGCCUACAUGAAGGAGGCGCUUGGCCAACUUCCUUUUAGGUCAGGGGAAGAGCACACCAAUGAAGAUGAAGGUGCAACGACGCGCCGCGGAUGCAGCGCCGCCCCCUCUCGAGCUAAAAGGCGACGAUUUUUCUACGGCCCACUGACGCAGCGCGAGUAUGAGGCCCGGCAGCGGCGUGAAUUGUGCUUUGCACCGGGCGGGGCCGGCGAUGUGUUGAAUGAUUGGGGCUGGACGAUCACGAGUCAGUACGUGAAAAUCUUUUCUUUGGACAUCACCGCACCCUUGUAUGUGAAGCGGCUGCAGCGGGUUGCUGAUGUAGAGGUAAUCGGCCGCAAUCACGGCGGGGGCGCCGCACAGGUAAUUCGCAGUGAAGAGCGCUUAAGUCCUUUGGGCUGCGGAUAA